UUAAGACAUCAAAAAAUAAGUUAGACUACAUUUUUUUUAAGUUUUGACUUUUAAUGUUUUUCUUUUGUGAAUUCUUCGUAAUUGGCCAUGAUUGAAGGUGGAACGUUAAACGGGAGGAGGAGUUUUAGGCCACACUUUUACGUACAAAAUGUGCGAUCCUUGUCGAGUUUUAAGGAGGUGCAACAGCUGCCAUGGCGGUUGUUAUUGCUGUCCUAGACCCAAUUGCUCCCCGCGAUCUUGUUCCAUUGAUUCGCGUAGUUGCCGCGUUGUGUUUCCUGGGGAGUUCCAAAAGUUCUCGGAUAUGGUGGCACCUAGUUUUCUUCAAAAGCAGCCAAAGCCACUUAGGAAAAAAAAGCGUUCAAAGAGUUGCACAGCAUGUGGCGAUAGAUGUAAAGAUCAGUGUGCAGAUAAAUUUACGACAAAGUGUGUAAAUCCAAGUCGAAUGGUUGAAAAAGAAAAGGAUGUCGAUGAACAGCAAAAUGAUGAAGGUUUCCGACAGGAUGGUGAAACAGGGAAUGGAGUUUUCAGGCAGGAUGGUGAAACAGGGUUUGGAGCUUUCGGACCCGGUUUUAACGAAGCUCCAGGAGCAGGCUUUGUUUUUCAGCCGGGACAACCAACUAUUAUACCAUGCUAUGGAACCUACGGACCGAGUGGAAAUCCCUUGAUAUUCGGUAUUCCGCCACCCACUCAAUAUGGUAACUUCGGAAUCCCUGGUCCGGUGGUUUUACCCGUGGCUCAGCCAUCUGUAGCAGGUCAGGGUGAUUUUCGCAAUCCAGGAGGACCUCCGGCGGCCGGUCUGCCCACUAAAUAUGUAUCUGGAUUCAAUCCCUGUACUGGAGAAAUUAUCCAGUGCGAAAAUCAGCCGAAUUCUGCAGGGCAACCAAUUGAAAUGAGACAAGGCCCGUCUUAUAACCAAUUCUGCCAGGGUUUGGGCGUGGGUUUUGGACCCAACAGUCAGGUUUAUCCAUUCAAUGUUGCACAGCAACCAAUAGCUCCAAUGCAUGACUUCCAAAGUAAUCCACAUGCGAGUCAAGUUCCUCGAGGUGGUAACAGGAGCAAGUCAGUGGGACCUCCAACGCAAAGACAACCAAUGAACUAUGCACCUAACAAUCAGAAUUAUCCCUAUAAUGUCGGAGUUCUUUCUCCAGAUUCAAGGCAAGUUCCUCAACCUAUGUCACCUGCGGUUCAAGAACGUCAAGAUGUUACCAGGUCAAAGUCCCCAAGACAGCGGAAUGAGUCGAGAGGAGGUCGUUUGGAUAAACCAUCCGAAUUCAGAAGAGCUGCAGUUUUUAAUGAGCUGGAAAUUGAACAUAACAAUUGUCAUUUUUCAAAUAAUGUUGGCGACAGAAAUCCUGAUCCUAAAACACUUCCCAAAUCUAAGCCAUCUGCGGGACGAGGUGAUAGUAGGUGUCCAGACUCAAGAAAACCAAAUCAUUCAAUGGGAGCACCUUUAAACAACUCUAAACGACCCGAAUCGAAUGUACCCUAUAUUCAACAGAGUGUGGGCAUGGGUAUCGACCCAUCCAAUCAGUACUUUCCUUAUAAUGUCGCCGAUUGUCCCUUGAAUGACACCUUUGUACUGGAUUCCACUUACGGUCAGACACGCCACAACAAUAAUGAAAGAUCACAUUCUGCUAGGGCACGAAAAGAAUCGAAGGAAAGAUCCGAAAAAAGUAAAAAAUCAACGGCAGGAUCGCCUACUGAUCCACCCGUGAAAUGCUACUGCACUCGGUUUGAUCCUAACAAUCAAUAUUAUCCCUAUUAUGUAUCUGAAGAAGGGAAAUGUCUGCCUCCGGGAAAGAUGAAAGACUCUAAAGAAUGCUCGGAGCACCUCAACCGUGUCACCGACUCCUGUCCUCCGUGUGAUCUGCAGAAGUGGUGCCAUCUCCUGAUGCCUAAGGGAAAGCACAAAAAGCAGGGAAAGCCGGUUGCCAAAAAUAGCAAGAAAACGCAUGGAUCCUUUAAUUUAGGAGCCAAGUCCAAGAUGAGCCUGCAGAGUUCUAAGGCGCAGAACUCUAACGAGGUAGUUGAUAGUGAAACACCUCAAACGACAACCUCCGUGGAAACUGCUGCAUCCGUAGAAAUUGAAACGCCCCAAGCUGAAGAUCCUGGCUGUCCGUGCGGUUGCAAAGGUCAAUGUCCUGCACCUUCGCCAAAACCGGAAAUGCGCAGCUGUAGCUGCUCUGCCAAUUUGCCUGAAGUAAACGGAGCCACGGCAGCGCCUUUUUGUCCCGCGAAUUCCGCCAACACCGCCUGCUGGAACUCAUGUCCUUGCACCUGGUACUAUAGUCCCUGCAACGGAUACUAUUACUACUGCGCGAACUGCUGCAAUGGCUGUCAUAAUUGCUGCAAUCACUGCUGCAGUCCGUGCGUUCGCUGUUGCAGCGGCAGCUGCCCAUCUCAGCUGGAGAAAGUUCCUCCGAAACCGAAGCAGAAGGAAAAGGAAAAGCCGGACAAACUGAAUGGAAGUAGUAGUAGGCGAUCUCCUGCAGGAACGGCUGUGGAUUUUAACAAUCUGUUGAAUAAUCCAGGAAGCUGUAGACUGCCUCCUCCGCCUGGCAUAUACAACUGUUCCAUGCCGGCGGUUUCUACUAUGCCGGGAUAUGGUCCAACUGCUCAGACCCAGUUUAACUCCCCCUACAGUGGUCAUUGGGAGGCGGGCGGAGUGGAUAUAAAUCGGACAAAUCAGCAUUAUAACCGAAGUCCCUUGAAUAUUAGCUGCAUGCGCCACGGGUAGUUUACAUCAUGUCUAAAUUAAACGUUGAACAUUUUUUUUUAAACUUUAACACAAGCCUAAAUAAAGAUAUAAAGUUUACCUUUAAGGAUAAAAGCAA